AUGCUACAGAAACUCCAGCUCCACCCGGGGAUGGUUCUAUUAUUGAUAUGGCUCUGUCAUUUCAUGGAAGAUCAAAAAGUACAAGGUAUGUUAUUUAUUUUCCAAAUCUUUCGAUAAAAAAAAUUAAUAAAAAAAUUAACGUUUAUUACCAGUGUAGCCUUUUCUGUCUGCGUCUUGGUGUGAAUUGGAACAUUGCCAGAGUUCGAGUGUUGCACACUUUUCAAAGGAACAUUUAAACAUUCUUCCCAUUUGGUUUGAAGUUGCCCUCUGUUAGACAUAUCGUGUAGAAAAUCACUGCCUACCAAAUAGGUACCAGAAGGUUUCAAAGUGAUAUUACUGUUAUAGUUUUUUAACCCACACAAUCGAGGCACCUGGAAUGAUUUUUUAUUUUUAUAAUUCAUGCCACAGAUUGGUUGGUGCGGAAGCUCUCAAUAUAACAUUCAGUAAAAUAACAUAAUCAUAAUUAUAAAAUACUUGGAAUAUUUAGUAGUUUAACUGAUUGUCAUUGCAGUGCUCUGCGACGCAGCAGUGUGCCUGUAUAAUACGUGUACCUCAAACUGAGAUAGAGUUGGAGUGCAUGUCAGAGAUUAGUGACCGCAUAUUAUUUGACGUAUAGAAUGUCAUUUAUCUAAACAUAUUGCUAAAACGUUUACUGUACAUCCGCGAGGGCAGGAUUUUCGAUAUUUUUGCCAUAUGGAUAUCGGUACCAUCUUUAGCAUUGUUACAUUGAUAAGAAUUAAAUACAGUUGCUGCUGAUAAUGAUUCAUAUAGGUGACCUCAUACAACAGAAAUUGUCCCUUUUCUGCCAACGAAAUAAAUGUCAACAAUGUAGCCUACGGUUUAAGUGCAUCCUAAAAAAAGUUCAAAAUCACUUGUAAGCUAUUAGUGUCCAUAUGUGUCUUUCGGCAAAGUCUUGUCUUGGUAGCUAUUCGUUAAACACUGCUAAGACCGACGUGUCUCAUGUGGUGCGAGUCCAGGGAUGCGCAUUUCUCAUAGAUAUUUUGAACAAGGUUUAUACAACUAUUAGCAAAGAUAAUGUUUAAUGUUCGAGCUUUUUGAUGAAUCAAGAAUGUCAAGAAUACAUUUAUGUUCUGGAUGAUGCCAAGAGGAAGAAAUGUGAUGACUGUUAUAACCUAUGACAUUAUGCGAUAAGGCAAUAGAACUAGAUUGUUCAACUGUUUGCUCUGUGAACAUGGAAAACUCAAUAAUAUAUAAAAUCUCAGUUAAAGGUCAGUAUUUUCUUCUCCACUCCGUCAUACCGGCCAGCUGUCAGUAUUGAACAUCCAUUGGUGACAGAAUUAGAAAGUGUUAAAACAGUUACAUUACAUUGGAAAGAAACAACUGACCAAAUACCUUGGGGGAGGAGAGAGAGAGAGAGAGAGAGAGAGAGAGAUAGAGAGAGAGAGAUAGAGAGAGAGAGAGAGAUAGGAGUGGGACGGCAUCCGAUCUCUCCUCGCCGCGCGAUCUCUCGCGCAUAUCGUAUCUCUCCACUUCGCCUCUCGCUCGUAUCUCCCUCGCUCAGCUCGACCUCCCCGCUAUCGAGAGAGAGAGUUUCAGAUAAUGACCACUGGGCCCACUUGGGUUGUGUCUGGAUCAGGUCAGUCAGUAAGCGGCUUGGGGCUUCAGACUUUAAAAAUACUUGGCUAAUGUGUGUCUGUUUCCAGCUGGGAACUGCUGGUUACAGCAGGGGAAGAACGGGAGGUGUCAGGUGCUCUACAUGCCGGGAAUGAGCCGAGAAGAGUGCUGCAGAAGCGGGAGGCUGGGGACGUCUUGGACCGAGGAGGACGUACCCAACAACACCUUGUUCCGGUGGAUGAUCUUCAACGGCGGAGCCCCCAACUGCAUACCCUGCAAAGGUACAAGGGGAUGUUUCUAUGAUUGGCGCAUGGUGCACAGAAUAUGGCUUCGUAGUAUUUCACAUGGUUGUUUUAGAGUGCAAGCAUGUCCUAUAAGACAAUGUUUAUCUUCAUUUGUAUUUAAGUAAAACUCAAUUAGACUAAUUUUGGGGAAAAGUCGUUAAACCUAAUUGCAUCUAAAACAAUGUCAGCUCUCCACAAUUGUAUUUAAUAUAAUUGAAGAACAUCGACAUCUAUUCCACUCCAGAAACGUGCGACAACGUGGACUGUGGACCUGGGAAGAGAUGCAAGAUGAACAGGAGAAGCAAGCCUCGCUGCGUCUGCGCGCCAGACUGCUCCAACGUCACGUGGAAAGGACCUGUCUGCGGGUCGGAUGGAAAGACAUACAAAGACGAGUGCGCGUUGCUCAAGUCCAAAUGUAAAGUCCACCUGGACCUGGAGGUGCAGUACCAGGGCAAAUGCAAGAGUAAGUAAACCGGCAGGUCGAUGCGUAAAACAGAACAGAGCCGUUCUUAUUCAUAGACAAUUGUCAAUGGGAUUCCGUCUGGUGUUGGAUAAAGGGUAAUACGUAAACACGGGCAUUCCCACAUAGAUCUACGUAGAAAAAGCUCCAUUGCUGUGUUUGCAUAGUGUGUAACGAGUGGCCUUGAAGGUCAACUGCAUUUUCUUUGAUUGCAAUAAGUAAUGGUUGAUUCACAGCAGGUGUCGACUGGAGUAUACACGUGGUUUGGCUUCUAACUCUACAGAUGUUAAAGCAUUUGUGUUGAUUUUACUCCCUUUCUGACAGAGACCUGCCGUGACGUCUUGUGCCCGGGAAGCUCCACAUGCGUCGUGGACCAGACUAAUAACGCAUAUUGUGUGAUGUGUAAUCGGAUCUGCCCUGAACAGACGUCAGCGGAGCAGUUCCUGUGUGGCAACGACGGGAUCAUCUAUGCCAGUGCAUGUCAUCUGAGGAGGGCGACAUGUCUCCUGGGCAGAUCCAUAGGAGUAGCAUACCAGGGGAAAUGCAUCAGUAAGUAGUGUCUCUUGGGAACACCCAUAGGAGUAGCAUACAGGGGAAAUGCAUCAGUAAGUAGUGUCUCUUGGGAACACCCAUAGGAGUAGCAUACCAGGGGAAAUGAAUCAGUCAAUAUUGUCUCCUGGGAACAUCAGUCAGUAUUGUCUCCUGGGAACAUCAGUCAGUAUUGUCUCCUGGGAACAUCAGUCAGUAUUGUCUCAUGGGAACAUCAGUCAGUAUUGUCUCCUGGGAACAUCAGUCAGUAUUGUCUCUUGGAACAUCAGUCAGUAUUGUCUCCUGGGAACAUCAGUCAGUAUUGUCUCCUGGGAACAUCAGUCAGUAUUGUCUCUUGGGAACAUCAGUCAGUAUUGUCUCUUGGGAACAUCAGUCAGUAUUGUCUCUUGGGAACAUCAGUCAGUAUUGUCUCCUGGGAACAUCAGUCAGUAUUGUCUCCUGGGAACAUCAGUCAGUAUUGUCUCCUGGGAACAUCAGUCUGUAUUGUCUCUUGGGAACAUCAGUCAGUAUUGUCUCUUGGGAACAUCAGUCAGUAUUGUCUCUUGGGAACAUCAGUCAGUAUUGUCUCCUGGGAACAUCAGUCAGUAUUGUCUCCUGGGAACAUCAGUCAGUAUUGUCUCCUGGGAACAUCAGUCAGUAUUGUCUCCUGGGAACAUCAGUCAGUAUUGUCUCUUGGGAACAUCAGUCAGUAUUGUCUCUUGGAACAUCAGUCAGUAUUGUCUCCUGGGAACAUCAGUCAGUAUUGUCUCCUGGGAACAUCAGUCAGUAUUUUCUCCUGGGAACAUCAGUCAGUAUUGUCUCCUGGGAACAUCAGUCAGUAUUGUCUCCUGGGAACAUCAGUCAGUAUGUCUCUUGGGAACAUCAGUCAGUAUUGUCUCCUGGGAACAUCAGUCAGUAUUGUCUCCUGGGAACAUCAGUCAGUAUUGUCUCCUGGGAACAUCAGUCAGUAUUGUCUCCUGGGAACAUCAGUCAGUAUUGUCUCCUGGGAACAUCAGUCAGUAUUGUCUCCUGGGAACAUCAGUCAGUAUUGUCUCCUGGGAACAUCAGUCAGUAUUGUCUCCUGGGAACAUCAGUCAGUAUUGUCUCCUGGGAACAUCAGUCAGUAUUGUCUCCUGGGAACAUCAGUCAGUAUUGUCUCCUGGGAACAUCAGUCAGUAUUGUCUCCUGGGAACAUCAGUCAGUAUUGUCUCCUGGGAACAUCAGUCAGUAUUGUCUCUUGGGAACAUCAGUCAGUAUUGUCUCCUGGGAACAUCAGUCAGUAUUGUCUCCUGGGAACAUCAGUCAGUAUUGUCUCCUGGGAACAUCAGUCAGUAUUGUCUCCUGGGAACAUCAGUCAGUAUUGUCUCCUGGGAACAUCAGUCAGUAUUGUCUCUUGGGAACAUCAGUCAGUAUUGUCUCCUGGGAACAUCAGUCAGUAUUGUCUCUUGGAACAUCAGUCAGUAUUGUCUCCUGGGAACAUCAGUCAGUAUUGUCUCCUGGGAACAUCAGUCAGUAUUGUCUCCUGGGAACAUCAGUCAGUAUUGUCUCUUGGGAACAUCAGUCAGUAUUGUCUCUUGGGAACAUCAGUCAGUAUUGUCUCCUGGGAACAUCAGUCAGUAUUGUCUCCUGGGAACAUCAGUCAGUAUUGUCUCCUGGGAACAUCAGUCUGUAUUGUCUCUUGGGAACAUCAGUCAGUAUUGUCUCUUGGGAACAUCAGUCAGUAUUGUCUCUUGGGAACAUCAGUCAGUAUUGUCUCCUGGGAACAUCAGUCAGUAUUGUCUCUUGGGAACAUCAGUCAGUAUUGUCUCCUGGGAACAUCAGUCAGUAUUGUCUCCUGGGAACAUCAGUCAGUAUUGUCUCCUGGGAACAUCAGUCAGUAUUGUCUCCUGGGAACAUCAGUCAGUAUUGUCUCAUGGGAACAUCAGUCAGUAUUGUCUCCUGGGAACAUCAGUCAGUAUUGUCUCCUGGGAACAUCAGUCAGUAUUUUCUCCUGGGAACAUCAGUCAGUAUUGUCUCCUGGGAAACAUCAGUCAGUAUUGUCUCCUGGGAACAUCAGUCAGUAUUGUCUCUUGGGAACAUCAGUCAGUAUUGUCUCCUGGGAACAUCAGUCAGUAUUGUUCCUGGGAACAUCAGUCAGUAUUGUCUCCUGGGAACAUCAGUCAGUAUUGUCUCCUGGGAACAUCAGUCAGUAUUGUCUCCUGGGAACAUCAGUCAGUAUUGUCUCUUGGGAACAUCAGUCAGUAUUGUCUCCUGGGAACAUCAGUCAGUAUUGUCUCCUGGGAACAUCAGUCAGUAUGUCUCCUGGGAACAUCAGUCAGUAUUGUCUCAUGGGAACAUCAGUCAGUAUUGUCUCCUGGGAACAUCAGUCAGUAUUGUCUCCUGGGAACAUCAGUCAGUAUUUUCUCCUGGGAACAUCAGUCAGUAUUGUCUCCUGGGAACAUCAGUCAGUAUUGUCUCCUGGGAACAUCAGUCAGUAUUGUCUCUUGGGAACAUCAGUCAGUAUUGUCUCCUGGGAACAUCAGUCAGUAUUGUCUCCUGGGAACAUCAGUCAGUAUUGUCUCCUGGGAACAUCAGUCAGUAUUGUCUCCUGGGAACAUCAGUCAGUAUUGUCUCCUGGGGAACAUCAGUCAGUAUUGUCUCCCUGGGGAACAUCAGUCAGUAUUGUCUCCUGGAACAUCAGUCAGUAUUGUCUCAUGGGAACAUCAGUCAGUAUUGUCUCAUGGGAACAUCAGUCAGUAUUGUCUCCUGGGAACAUCAGUCAGUAUUGUCUCUGGAACAUCAGUCAGUAUGUCUCCUGGGAACAUCAGUCAGUAUUGUCUCCUGGGAACAUCAGUCAGUAUUGUCUCCUGGGAACAUCAGUCAGUAUUGUCUCCUGGGAACAUCAGUCAGUAUGUCUCCUGGGAACAUCAGUUCAGUAUUGUCUCCGGGAACAUCAGUCAGUAUGUCUCCUGGGAACAUCAGUCAGUAUUGUCUCCUGGGAACAUCAGUCAGUAUUGUCCCUGGGGAACAUCAGUCAGUAUUGUCUCCUGGGAUCAUCAGUGUCGAUUUGUCUCCUUGGAACAUCAGUCAGUAUUGUCUCUGGGAACAUCAGUCAGUAUUGUCUCCUGGGAACAUCAGUCAGUAUUGUCUCCUGGGAACAUCAGUCAGUAUUGUCUCCUGGGAACAUCAGUCAGUAUUGUCUCCUGGGAACAUCAGUCAGUAUUGUCUCCUGGGAACAUCAGUCAGUAUUGUCUCUUGGGAACAUCAGUCAGUAUUGUCUCCUGGGAACAUCAGUCAGUAUUGUCUCCUGGGAACAUCAGUCAGUAUUGUCUCCUGGGAACAUCAGUCAGUAUUGUCUCCUGGGAACAUCAGUCAGUAUUGUCUCAUGGGAACAUCAGUCAGUAUUGUCUCAUGGGAACAUCAGUCAGUAUUGUCUCUUGGAACAUCAGUCAGUAUUGUCUCCUGGGAACAUCAGUCAGUAUUGUCUCCUGGGAACAUCAGUCAGUAUUGUCUCCUGGGAACAUCAGUCAGUAUUGUCUCUUGGGAACAUCAGUCAGUAUUGUCUCUUGGGAACAUCAGUCAGUAUGUCUCUUGGGAACAUCAGUCAGUAUUGUCUCUUGGGAACAUCAGUCAGUAUUGUCUCCUGGGAACAUCAGUCAGUAUUGUCUCCUGGGAACAUCAGUCAGUAUUGUCUCUUGGGAACAUCAGUCAGUAUUGUCUCCUGGGAACAUCAGUCAGUAUUGUCUCCUGGGAACAUCAGUCAGUAUUGUCUCCUGGGAACAUCAGUCAGUAUUGUCUCUUGGGAACAUCAGUCAGUAUUGUCUCCUGGGAACAUCAGUCAGUAUUGUCUCCUGGGAACAUCAGUCAGUAUUGUCUCCUGCGAACAUCAGUCAGUAUUGUCUAUUGGGGAACAUCAGUCAGUAUUGUCUCCUGGGAACAUCAGUCAGUAUUGUCUCCUGGGAACAUCAGUCAGUAUUGUCUCCUGGGAACAUCAGUCAGUAUUGUCUAUUGGGGAACAUCAGUCAGUAUUGUCUAUUGGGGAACAUCAGUCAGUAGGCCUAACCAUAGGAGACAGCAUAGUGGGUCUGUCCAAAAACAACCCCCUAGCCCCUACCCCCUAGACACUUAACCAUAUGGCUUAAACCUGUCCAAUCCUCUAAUGCAGCGUUUACAGUGGCAGCCCAAUCCUGAUCUUUUAACCAGUUAUUGGCUGGUCUGAUUGGUCUGUGUUUGAAGUAUUUUCCACAUACAUUUACAUCAUUUAGCAGACGCGCUUAUCCAGAGCGACUUACAAAUUGGUGCAUUCACCUUACGAUAGCCAGUGGGACAACCACUUUUUUUCUUCUUCUUUUUUUUAUGGGGGGGGGGGGGGAGAAGGAUGACUUUAUACUAUUCCAGGUAUUCCUUAAAGAGGUAGGGUUUCAAGUGUCUCCCCCCUGACACGUAGAUCCACAAGUGUCCAGAGGUAGGGACUAGAGGCUAUUUCUGUUAAACGUACAUUAUACCGUGUGUACAAUUGGACAAAUAAAGUGAUCUUGAACAAUAUUGUCUGAAUGUAGGCCGUACCUCACAGGCUGCUUCUCUUCGCCAACAUUCCAGUACUUUUGUUGUCCCCUCUGCCAACAUUCCACAUAAACUGAGGUUCUCAGAGCAGAGAACCUCCAUUUGCUUUGGAGGUCCAGUUGAGUGUACAAGGCCGGGACUACUUUGUAGUUGCUACUGUUAAGACGUUGGCAACAUCACCCACACCAAAAGCUGGGGUGUUUUCCUGGGAAGGUUUACUCUCCUAACUACACAGACACUGGAACAUAGAGCGUGACUCGUGACUCAUUAACCACUAGGGUUACAUGGUUAUAUGCCGUGCAGCACCAGCGAUGCGUCAGUCUGAUGAGUUCUCUGUGUCUCCUCCUCUCCUCCCUCUGGCUCCAGAGGCCAAGUCGUGCGAGGACAUCCAGUGCAGCGCGGGGAAGAAGUGUCUGUGGGAAGCCAGGAUGAGCCGAGGCCGCUGCUCCCUCUGUGAGGAGGCGUGUCCGGAGAGCCGGACGGACGAGGCGGUGUGUGCCAGUGACAACAACAACUACCCCUCAGAGUGUGCAAUGAAGCAGACCGCCUGCUCUCUGGGAACGCUCCUGGAGGUUAAGCAUUCAGGAUCUUGCAACUGUAAGUAA